GCGGAAAACGUACAUGCGGAGGUCAACAGGAAGCACCCGCGAACCAGCAAGCACAUCCAACGCACUUGUUCGUGGACAACCGAACAUUGGAGGCCGAUCAGAGGACCCAAGCCGAUCAGAGACCCGUGGAGGAGUGGCUGUUCAACGGGAUGGGCGCAGGAGCAAACCCUAACAGGAAUCGACCGAGUUUCGGAGAGGCUAGGCAGGAGCAAGUGCAGAUACGAAGAUGGGGACUUAGCUUCGACGGCGAUCCAAAGGGGAUGCCCGUGGCGGAAUUCAUAUUCCGGGUGGAGCAUCUACAGACGUCGUAUCAGGUACCGUGGGCGGAGGUGUUGAAAGCCUUUCACACAUUGGUCAGUGGCCACGCAAGGGAUUGGUACUGGAUGCAUGUGCGGACGGUAGGAAUGCCGGACUGGCCGAAUCUGAGAUAUGGUCUCCAGCAGCAGUUUCAAGUUCGUCGGACAGAGUUCGAGCGAGAGCAAGAGCUCAGGGAACGCCGACAACGCCACGGGGAGUCGGCGGACCAGUACAUCCAGGAGAUGUUGGUGUUGAGGUCGAGAUUGCUGAAUCCGUUCUCGGAUUAUGAUCUAAUAAAGAUCAUAAAGAUCAAUAUUAGGGAUGCAAUUUCGAGGGUGAUUUAUCCAAUGCAGAUACCAAAUCUCCAGAAGCUGCGAGAAGAGUGUGCGGACGCCGAGAAACUGCUGGCGACGCGAGGGACAAGGAGCGGUCCAGACCAUGGGGGUAGUAGGCGCAGGGAAGAUCAAAAAGUACAUGAAUUGGAUGCGAACACUCACGACCCGGAGGAACAGACCGAGGCAUUGGAUGCUGUCCAUAGGACGAGGGAAUCCGGAGGCGACCGCACCCAGCUGAAGUGCUGGAAUUGCGCUCAGCCGGGUCACACCUAUUUUGAGUGUGAGUCGGCCGUACGUAACCUGUUCUGCUACAAGUGCGGGCUGGCCGGGGUCAUCCUCCCUAAAUGUCCUAAAUGUCGGCCGGGAAACGCGAAAAGGAGCACGACGCAAUUGGAGGAGUCGAGUUCCACGUCGCCGCGAAGCAGCCAAUAGAUAGGCCCUCCAACGUUAAAUUAGAUACCCCUAAGGAAAGAAGUAGCAAUAAGAAUAUUUACACUACCAUAUAUAAGGUUAACCAAGCGGUAUUACCCGAAGCUAGAUGGUCCGAACGCAAGCCGAUAAAGGAAAGACAGCGGCAGUACGAACAGGCCAGGAAUCGGAUAAUGGGGGACGAACUCGAUGAGAGUAUCCGAACGGGAGCAGUCAGAGCACAGCGGGCUCGGGACAGGUUUCAGGGGCGAAAGAGAAGGCGGCUCCAGGUGUGUGCUGCAGUCCACUCGGCAAUUCGUCAGGAUGACAGGCCAUUCGCACGAGUGAAGUUGGGCCCGAGGACGCUGAUGGGACUACUGGAUACAGGGGCAUCGGUGAGCCUUCUGGGGAAAGGUGGC